UGUUGUCUGAUAAUUAGUUUCUGAGUACACCUGUCCCAACCAUGAAAAAUGAAGAUGUAGAACUGUGCUUACUCGUAACCACCUACAGACUAAUCUGACAACGCGUUCUCAUGCACAGUUGCUAGUGCAAAGAAAAUCUAUCCAAUAACAAUGCUCUUAAUCCGAAAGUCCUGGAAAAGUUGCGGCUACUUCAUCGGAUAGCACCUUCCCUAAUCCGAGUUCUUCUAUAACAUUGCGCUUAAAAAGAAUUGGGAACGCAGAAUGCAACAGGAUUAAAGACUGCCGAAACUUUAUACGAUAGCCAGUGGAGAUCUUCCUGUAAUCCGAUGAGUUGCUUCUUAUCACUACCGAUGCCGAAACCGGCCACCCUGGCAUUAUCCACUGUUAUAGCCGUGCCAGAUUCACACAGGCACCCCCCCUCCCUGAGCUUCUAUUGUGUGUGUGUGUGGGGGGGGGGGGGGUAUAUUUAUCAACUAGCAAAAAAAUACCGGCCUAUACUGUUAAUCGUCAACGAAUAAAUACGCUGCCACUAACAACCUAGUAACAGUUACGGCAAUGUCGGACAUCUAGCGCCCAAAACAACAGGACUACAGAACUCAAAGAUGUCCUUGUGAAAGCAUCUGAAGAUUCACGGGUACUCCCAAUAGUAGAACUUGAGGAUCUAAGAGUACCUCCAAUAGUAGGACUUGAGGACCCAAGGGUACUCCCCAAUAGUAGGUAUUGAGGACCCAAAGAUGUCCCCUAAUAGUCGGAGGUGAGAACCCAAGAGUAUCCUUCAAUAGUAGGAUUUGAGGACCUACGGGUACCUCCAAUAGUAGGACUUGAGGACUCAAGGGUACCUCCCAAUAAUAGAACUUGAGGACCUAAAGGUACCCCCCAAUAGUAGGACUUGAGAACCCAAGGAUACCCCCCAAUAGUAAGACUUGAGGACCCAAGGGUACCCCCCAAUAGUAGGAGUUGAGGACCUAAGGCUUAGGGGUUAGCUGGGAACGUAAAAGUAACUUCCCACUCCUAGUUAGAGGUUUUUCAGAAAAAAAAGUUAUUUGUUAUUUUUUUGUUAUUAAUAACAAAUAACAAAAAAAAGUUAUUGUUAUUGAUAACAAAUAACAAAAAAGUUAUUGUUAUCAAUAACAAUAACUUUUUUGUUAUUGUUAUUAAUAACAAUAACAAUAAAUUCACACCCCUACAGAAGUCUACACCACCAACGCCAAAUGAUACAAUACCGUUAAUUAUUGAUGAAACUCAUCAGGAUAUACAUGAAGAUAACAAUGCACCAAUUGAUAUUAUAGUAGAUUCGUCAGUUAUCACAACAACAAUUUCAAUAGAAAAAUUACACGAUGAAAAAUCAUUUCCAGAUCCUUAUGUGUUACCAAGUUUACCUAAUGCGAUUUCAGUUGUGCAAGAUUCACCUCCUGAUAUAGAAUUAUCAGAAAAAAAAGCUAAAAUAAUCAGGAAAGAUUUUCAAAAUAGUUCAUUUGAUGAUCCACAUUUUGAACGAUUAUAG